GGGCCCAGUCUCAGACCUGAAGGCGCAAGCCGUACCCACACUGGCGGCUGUGUGUUUGCAAUCGCAGGGAAGAUUGGCAGGGCCGGCGUGCGACCAGAGGGCGGGUGUGUCUGUCAGGCGUUGUCAUGGCCGUCGGCGUCCUCGCCUUGCAGGGAUCUUUCAACGAGCACAUAGCAGCGCUUAAAAGGCUAGGGGCUAAAGCGGUGGAGAUAAGGAAGCCUGAGCAGCUGAAUAGCGUAACCUCUCUAAUCAUCCCUGGAGGAGAAAGCACCACCAUGGCUAAGCUUGCCGAGUACCAUAACCUGUUUCCUGCCUUGCGUGAAUUUGUUAAAAUGGGGAAACCUGUUUGGGGGACCUGUGCAGGGCUUAUUUUCUUGGCUGACAAAGCCACAGGACAGAAAACAGGAGGACAGCAAUUAGUAGGGGGCCUUGAUUGUACUGUCCAUCGGAAUUACUUUGGAAGCCAGAUUCAGAGCUUUGAAACAGAGCUUUCCGUACCAGAGCUUGCUGCUACUGAAGGUGGUCCUGAAACAUUCCGUGGGGUGUUUAUCCGUGCUCCUGCAAUUCUUGAAGUAGGGCCAGGAGUUGAAGUGCUUGCUGAUUAUCCUGUCCUAUCUAACAAACCGUCGGAUGCAAAUUCUGCCACUGAAAGCCCAGAGGAGAGUCAUGGUUCCAAGGAGAGGGUGAUCGUAGCAGUAAAGCAAAGGAAUUUGCUAGGAACUGCCUUCCAUCCUGAGUUGACUGCAGAUACUCGAUGGCACAGUUACUUCUUGAAGAUGGUUGGGGAGGUUGGAGAAGCGGCCUCCAGUAGCAUCACCAUCGUUGGAGAAGAGGCCUCCCGUAGCAUCACUGUUGCUGGAGUAGAGGGUUUUAGCUUCAAUCAACAGCCAAAGAACGAUCUUCCUAUAUUUCAAUAGCCUGUAUAAGAUUCUUUUUAUCCCAUUCUGUAGCAUUUUUUUUUUCUCUUGAAGAUAUUUGGUAUUUAAGGUCAGCCCACAACAUUGAACAGGAAUUCCUUUAGGUUGACAAGUCAAUUAAAGAGCAGAUAUCUGGUUAUUUACCGGAUGUUCAUAUUUUUUCCCCUCAA